GCGUAUAGAAUAAGGAUAUUCCGAAGUUCGUUUUUAAAAAUAUAUUUUACCGUAUGUCUUUCAUAAAAUUGUAUAAGAAUCGAGUAGAAUAUUUUACUUAAGAGUUCAAAUUUGAAUCAUGAUCCGCGCGUUUUAAUCAAAAUAUGACAUAAAAUUAUAGGUUGACGAAUGAAUAUAAAUGUAAAAUAAUGGAGAACAGAAAAAUAAAUGCCGUUAUCUGUAUAAUAGAAAAUAUUAAUAGUAUUCUGAUAUAUUAUGCUCUUUAAUUAACGUUGUAGUAAUGGAGGAAAGAUGGACGCCUUGACGUUUGGCUCGCACAGGCUCGUUCACUUAGAUCUCAAGGGUGCUCCACCGCGAGUCUGUUAUUUCGAAAAGUUGUUUCCACUUUUGAGGACAUGGGGUGCCACCGGGCUUCUCCUAGAAUGGGAAGAUACAUUCCCAUACAAUCGAGAACUAUCUCAGAUAGGGAGCAAUGGAUUAAACAGUUUAACUAUUGGGUAUACAGCUCAAGAGGCUAAGCACAUUUUACAAAUUGCAGGAGACUGUGGCUUAGCAGUUGUUCCUUUAGUGCAAACCUUUGGCCACAUGGAGUUUGUCUUGAAACACGAUGAAUGGAGAUCCUUGAGAGAGGUAGAAAAUUUUCCAAGCUCAAUUUGCCCGUCUAAUCCAAGGACAUUGCCUUUGGUAAAGUCUUUGAUUCGACAAAUAGUUAGUUUUCACCCAGACAUACAAUAUCUGCACAUAGGUGCAGACGAAGUCUGGCAUUUAGGCCUUUGCUCAAUUUGUACAAAACGCGCUGCCUCAAGCAAAUAUGGAAAACCAUCUUUGUUCCUGGAACAUGUUUUGGCCAUUGCACAAUAUGUACAAGAAACAUAUCCCUACUUAAAGAUCGUCAUAUGGGAUGAUAUGUUAAGAUCUAUAGAUUUACAGGUUUUGAAUGAUCAUUACAUCGGAAAAUAUGUAGAGCCUAUGAUUUGGCAUUACAAUCCUAGAGAUAAUUUUGCUCUACCUCUCGGAUUAUGGGACAAAUAUGCUGCAGUAUUUCCCCAUAUUUGGGCAGCUACUGCAUUUAAAGGCGCUACUGGAUCCUCUCAACACGUACCAGUUACAAGGCACCAUAUAAGUAAUCAUGAAAAGUGGCUAGAGGAAUUGGGUGUACACGUGAACAAAGUUCAUGAAUUUCGGGGAACAGCUUUUACCGGAUGGUCACGGUACGACCAUUAUGCAACAUUGUGUGAAUUAUUACCGACAGCAAUACCAUCAUUAGCAUUAUGCUUGAAAGUUUGGCUUCAUGGGUAUUCUGAACAAAUUCACAAUCAAGUGGCUAAGAGUUUAGGAUACAUUGAUCAUCCUUUGCAUAUAACACCACAACCAAGACCCGCGCCAAUACCCAGUAACUUACUGUUUCCUGGAUGGCAGGUUGCAGUAGGCAUAGAAUGGUUUUUAAAUUUUAGAGUUAAAUAUCAUAAUAUUACUACUAGUGAACAAAUAUCUACAUGGAUGAAUCCUUGGCAAGUUGCAAAUAAUUACACGAAUCCUAUGCAGUUAGAAAACUUAGUACCUGCUUUUACAGAAUUGCUAUUAGAAUUAUCUUCUUUAGAAGGAUACCUAAGAUUUCAAAUGGAAAGUAUUUUCUUUUCGUCAACGAUCGAUGAAUGGAUAGGUACAAAUAUUCAGCCCAUGAAAGGAAAACUCGUAGAGUUAAAGCAAACUACGGAAAAUCAAAUUAAAUUAAAUAGUCGAAUUUAAUGCUUUCGUGAAAAUGUUGCAGAAUUUACUGCUUUAGAUCUCAAUGACCAACUUCCGAUACAGGUGGCGAUACGCUGAUGAACAAAGUACGAAAUGAUUUAGUAAAUUGUACUAUUUUAUUUUAUAAAUAGCGUAGGAGAGUAAAAAUAGAUUUGAAAAAGUGAUACUGUGCUGUAUGCAUGGAAUAUAAUUUUAUAAAAGAUGGAACGAUUAUUUUAAUACAUGGCUUAGGAGUGAACAAGCUUGUGACAAUGAUUUUGUCACGGAGCUUUGUCAUUUUAUGAGCUGUACUGUGAUAUUUGGCUAUGAAAGGAUUCUUGUAACGUAAUCAAGCUCGAUAGACAUAUUUUUUGGCUAUUGUGCUUAAUGGCAUAUGCUUCUAUCUAUCUGCGUUUACUAUAGCCAUAGCAUGUGAAAAUACUUGUUGUACUUCUUUUAGAAAUCUCUUUGAAAAAAUUUCAUGAAAACUAUAUAUUAACCAACCGUAUAAAAAGAUUUUAUGCGAUACGCAAUAUAUUUCCUGGAAUCUUUUUUUAUUACUAAAUUUCUGAACUAAUAAUUGUUUUUAAAAUAUACUUAUCGAUGUAAUAAUUCAAGAGAAAUAGUAAAGGAUUGAACGUAGAUAAAGCUUAUAUCAAAGUGAUAGUAGUAAAUAAAUGUUUUUAUAUAAAAUAUAUGUAACAAGCACACAACUUA